AGCUGGGAUACACGGCAUCUCAAUUAAAGGCAAUAAGAUUUACUAAACAUGCAUUGUCUGUUACGUGCAACAAUUAUCACAUUUGUGAGCAGUGGCCUAUCGGUUAUCAGCGGAAUUCUUAUAUUCAUUGAAUACAGCCUAAACCUCCACCAUGAUCGACUAGCCACGAUGUUCGUGUUCAUGACGAUAGGUGAUUUUAUGUAUGCCGUUGGUUACAUUGUGGGGGAUAUGCGGUACUAUGACCUGUACGAGGAAAUUGACAAUGUGACCAGUACUAACUGCAGUAUAGUGUCAGAUGAUGCCAGCAAUGACCUGCUUUGCAAGGGUCAAAGCUUUGUUACGACGUACGGAAGUCUGGUGUCGUUUGCUUGGACCUGUAAUUUACUGAUCACGUUAUAUCUAUACUACAGAGGUCAUGACAGACCAUCACGGUUAAGGGAGGGGAUUUUGCACUUUGUCGGAUGGAUUUUACCAGGUAUAAUUGUCAUUAGCGCGGUAUCAGCCGGAGCUCUGGGUGAAGAUAGUGCGGAAUACAGCGGACCUUGGUGCUGGGUGCGGGACUUUCCAUCCAAAGGCGAAAGAAUUCUGUGGAUGCUUUUUGCGGGGAAAUUCUGGGAAAUUUUGACCUACAUCAUUACGUUCGUUAUGUUUGUACUCUGCAUGAAACUUACAAGUUGUGGCAGAAAGGAAGGCGCUCGCUUCCCAGAAGAUGUUACCAAUCAAAGACGUUUUGUGAGAAUGGAAGAUAAUGAAGAUGUAGAUGACCAGUCACAGAACAGAGAAGAUCAGAAACAUUAUGAAGAUCAGUCGUUAAUGAUGUGGAGAUUUUGCUUUGCGUGGAUAAUUUUGGUGGUCACUCGUUGCUUCGGCACAACCCGUUUCUUCUUGUAUGUGUUUGAUGUACAAGUUAGCGAUAAGGCAAAUGAAUGGCUGUUGAAUCUACAAAGUUUUGGAGAUGGCAGUUUGGCGUUUGUGAAUUUUGUAUUCUAUCUGAUCACUAACCCCGCUGUCGUACGAAAGUAUUGGAAGCAAAUCAGGGCCCGGAGCGGAAAUGAUGAAAUGUCAAAUAAUGAAAAUUUAAAUGUAAAUGAAUAAACAAACAUUAAAAAAGAAAUAAAGCAAUUAAACUUUUAGCUAGAGUAACAAAACCACAAAUAUAAACGGAUGCCCGCAUUAUAACCUUGAACGAGUUUAAAAUUAUGUAAAUAAAACCUAUGCUGAUAAAUGCAUGAAGCUUAAAUCUUUCUCUGGAUUACAAUGUGUAAAUAUUAGUAGACUAUUAGGUGGGAAAGUUUAUCGAGGAUAAUGCGCACGAUAUCGUAGAAUACAGUAAUAAAACUAUUGUAUCUAAAACCGACAGUAUAUGUCGAAAUAGUAAAUUUACUGGCCUAAAAAUCGUGGGUGGCCAAGAGAAAGUGAAAAUUAUCUAAAAAGACUUGCAUGUAUAAGAAUAUCUACGGAUUUCACCAUUUCUACAAGUUUUGAAAAUCAGUAGAAUGCUUUAUUGUUUCAAAAUAUACAUAACAAGACUUUUUAACAUGAGUCAUUUUUGCAAUUGGUCAUGGGAAUUAAAAGAAUCGUAGUUUUCAUUUUUUGCUAAGAAAAUCUAUAGGGGGUGCAUCAUUAUAAGAAUAACAUAAUUUUCACAGUAGUACAUGUAUGUACAUUAUGCAAUCACAAAAUGAGUCAUAAUUGCUAUUUUGUGAAACAGCUGAAUUUAUCAAGGUGAUAUAUUCCAAAAUGGUAUGAAGAACAAAACCUGGAAAUUAAAUUUUUCAUUUGA